AUGGCCCAGCCAAGUGCAGAGCCGGUCGAGGACUACGAUUAUGAAUCCCUUCCGCCCAACUUCUCCCUGCUGCAGAACAUGGCAGCAGGCGCCUUCGCCGGCAUAGCCGUAUGCUGCUCCGACUUCCCCAUUCGACUCUCUACGCGAAUGCAAAUCCUCAACCCGAGCACGACCCCAGCUUCCACAAGUGUCAUGCGCAACACAUUCCACAUCGCUAGGACCGAGGGGUUUUUCAGUCUGUGGCGCGGCAUGUCCAGCGUCAUUGUUGGAGCCGGUCCCGCGCAUGCCGUCUACUUUGCGACAUAUGAGGCUGUUAAGCACGCCAUGGGAGGAAACCAAGCUGGUGUUCACCACCCUCUUGCUGCUGCCACCAGCGGUGCCGCCGCCACCAUUGCCAGCGACGCCUUCAUGAACCCCUUUGAUGUCAUCAAGCAACGCAUGCAGAUCCAGAACUCGAGCAAGAUGUACCGAUCCAUGGUCGACUGCGCCAAGUACGUCUACAAGACGGAAGGACUAGGCGCUUUCUACAUCUCGUACCCGACGACCCUGUCCAUGACGGUACCCUUUACUGCCCUCCAAUUCCUCGCAUACGAGUCUAUCUCCACCGCCAUGAACCCCGCAAAAGACUACGACCCUGUGACGCAUUGCUUGGCUGGUGCCGUUGCUGGUGGCUUCGCAGCCGGACUUACAACUCCCAUGGACGUCAUUAAGACCAUGCUGCAAACCCGGGGCACUGCAGUUGACCCUGAAGUGAGAAGCGUGAAUAGCUUCGUUGGUGGAUGCCGUUUGCUAUACCGGAGAGCAGGAUUCCGUGGCUUCUUCAAGGGCGUUCGUCCCCGAGUCGUCACGACAAUGCCCAGCACUGCCAUUUGCUGGUCGGCGUAUGAAUUCUCAAAGUCUUAUUUCAUCAAGCGCAACGACGCUUCGUGAAGCACUUUAUUAUCAUUUAAAAUAGAAACAACUGGGGGACGACGACAGGGACCGAACGCUUGUGGAAGUCGUAUUCGAGCCGGGGACUAUGAACGACCGUCGAAAAAGACUUGAGCGACAAGAAUACCAAACAGUGCCCACCACGGCGGCUACGGCGACGAUGGCAUCUUCGAUACCCCGGACCCCUUUUUCUCUUCGGUUCGACGUUCGCCAGUCCAGGCUUGGACUCUUGCACGAGAACCCGGCAGAGUAGCCGCCAGCACUUCCCCCACGGAGCAGAAGCGACUGACUGCAGACUGGACAUGAGCGACGAACGUGUACAUAAAAUCUCCAAAUCCUACAAGGAAGGCUAAGGCGGAAAGGUUCGGCUAGAUGGCGGGUGUGUGUGAUGAUAUGUUUGUUGGUAAUAUUGUGUCAAGAUACAGCAACGCGCCGUGGCCGGGCAGACUCGAUGCUGGCCGGCGAGCGUGUUUGAAUUCUGUGCCUGCAAUGA